AUGACGGGCGACUUCCGCGCUGAAGCCAAAGAGCUGGAUCAAUGGAUAGAGCAGCUUUAUAAUUGCAAGCAGCUCUCAGAAGCUCAAGUGAAGUCUUUGUGCGAGAAGGUGCGGUUUAAGGAUAGAAUUACCGUCCUACGUGGGAAUCACGAGAGCCGUCAGAUAACUCAGGUCUACGGUUUUUAUGACGAAUGCCUAAGGAAGUACGGCAAUGCAAGUGUGUGGAAAUAUUUCACAGAUCUCUUUGACUAUUUACCGUUGACUGCAUUGGUGGAUAAUUCGAUUUUCUGUUUACACGGUGGUUUGUCACCGUCGAUCGAUACGCUGGAUCAUAUACGCGCCCUAGACCGCAUUCAAGAAGUUCCCCACGAAGCACCUUCACGCCUUUGGUCGACGCGUGAUCAAAAGCUGAAUCGAUUGGCUUCUCCCGACAAACCCACGAACGGUCUUUCGAAGCUCACAUGA